GGUCGCCACGGUGGCUGGUGAUUAGUUGUUCUUGUCACAAUGGAUCUAUUGGAGCUGAGAAGGUAUGGAAAUGGAUGCAAGAAUGCAAGGGGGGUAAUAUUACAUGGAAUUUCCUUGAAGACUUGGUGGCUAAGAGAUUGAAUUUUGCUCGGUCGUCCAUGCGUCAAGUAUGCUGCUUCAUUUCCUAAUCCUCAUCCAUAUGUGUAUUUUAAUGUGGUACUACAUUGCUCUAAUGCAAACGCGGAACCUUUUCACCAGCCUUCCAAGCUGCGUCAGCUAUUGUUUGAAAAAAAGUUUGGAAACGACAAGGAAAUUCCUUGUGCAACAAAGAAGCAACCACUUGCACCAAAAGGUCAAACACGGCAGAAUGAGAGGAAAGUUCGUUAUGUGGCUCACUCAUCACAAAAGCCACGCCCGCCGUGUCCAUCCCCCAACGAUGCCCAGGAAUCUCCACCCCCUCGUCGGAGCCAUCGACGCCGGCCAGUGGGACGCGGAGGCUCCCCUCGGCCGCAUCGUCCUCGUCGCCCACGCCGCGUUCCUCGACGCGGGCUUUGUCCCCUGCGGCGACCAGGCGUCUCGUCGGGUCCCCACACAAGUAGGCCUCACAGCCUCAACGCUCUCGCUCCGGUACACCAUCCCGGAGCUCGUGCACCCGAGGGACGCCACCGCCGCCGCCGACGCCGCCGUUCUCAGGCUCUGCGCGCAUGGCAGAUUCCUCAUUCUGUACGGGUACCUCACCGGUGACGGCCACCGGCCUCGCACGCGCUGGGCGUGCAUCGACGCGCACUUCGUCGCACCUGUCCUCUCCGGCGACCUGGACGCCACGGCACAUGCGCUGGCCGGCGACGCCCUCGGUGGACGGCUCUGGAAGGCGCUCGCCGACGGCAUGGGCCGGCGCCUCUUCCUUGAUAUCUGCGCCAGGAACGUCGCGCUGCUGCCGCCGCGCUUCACGUCGCUCCCUGCCGACCUGCAGGCGUCGAUCCUGAGAAGGCUCGCUGGCGUGGACCUCGCUAUGGUGGAGUGCACCUGCACCGAGCUGCGUGACCUCGUCGCGGAGCGCCAGCUCUGGAAGGCCAGGUACGUGGCCGAGAACUGGUUCCUGUUCUUCGGCAGGCGGUCGCGCUCGGCCUCCGACGAGUCGGAAAUACUCGGCGCGUGCCGCAGCUGGAAGGAAAAGUACGUUAAAUCCAGAUGGUUCUGGCCGCCAUGGCCGCGUUGGAGCUACCCACUUCGUCCACUGCGGUGGCUCCUGAACGAUCUUGCUCUUCUGAGGCUUGAAGACUUCCGCUACGAUUUGUAUGCCCGUUCAGUCGGCCGGCGUGAGCUCGAUCGCUGCAAGCGGCAAGACCCAACACAGCAUUUGAUCCGGCGUUUCCAGCAGAGGAAGAGCAAGCAGGUUCGGGGGAGCACGCCAAUGCACGGAAACGGCCGGAGACGAUGCAACAAGGAACCAAUUUACUCACCGUCGGCUCGGUAUGGACCGAUACAUCGAUGAUUCCUGUGGGCUCCUGUGUGUGAUUGACUGAUUGGGGAUCCGCACGUUGGCAGGUCAUGUCUUCAUGCCGUCAGAAUUGAAUACUAUGUCUAGAUUCCUAUGUUUGGCUCUCCGCAAGCUUUG